CGUAAAUUAUAUUGCAUUAGCCGACAGUUGUACCCGGGCUCUAACAGGAUGCUGAAUGCCGCCGCUGCGGAAAGAAACAAGGAGCCCAUCCUGGUGGUGUUGCGGGACUGCGUGAACACUGACAGGCGGCUACAAGCACUUGAAAUCUCCUCCGGUACUGGACAGCAUGUUAUACAUUUCGCUGGGGCUCUACAGAACAUUACUUGGCAGCCAUCAGAGUACGACGAGCGGUCUUUAAGCAGUAUAGAAGCCUACAGAGCUCACUACCAGCUGAACAAUGUGAAGCCUGCCAUCCACCUGGAUGCUUCUCUGAGUCAUGACCACUGGGGAGGGAUCCAACCAGAGAGCCUCGAUCUAGUCCUAAACAUUAACAUGAUCCACAUCUCUCCUAUGGCUUGUACAGAGGGUUUAUUCAAAGGAGCUGGAGUAGUGUUGAAACCGCAAGGUCAACUGUUGACAUAUGGACCUUAUGCAGUGAAUGGCAGCAUCACACCACAAAGCAAUGUUGAUUUUGACUUAAGUCUACGGCAGAGGAACCCAGAGUGGGGCCUCAGGGAUAUUUCCCUCCUUAAGUCGUUGGCAGAAAUGCAUGGUUUAUUUCUAGAGAAAAUUGUGGACAUGCCAGCCAACAACAAAUGUCUCCUGUUCAGGAAGGAAAGUUUGGUGUGA